AUGGCCGACAAAGACAGCGUGGAGAAGUACCUGGAGAACAAUCCCCAGUUCGCCAAAGAGUACUUCGACCGGAAGUUGCGGCUGGAGGUGCUGACGGCGGCCUUCACCGACAAGCUGGAGGUCAAAGAUGCUGCCUCGUUCAAAGAUCUCACCCUGGUGCAGGAGGCAGAGCUCAUUUUCGACCUGGUCAAGGAGCUGCAGAGGUCUAGCUGCAUGGAGAAAUCAAUGCACAAGAUCCUACAGAGGAUCUGCCUGUUGCUUAACGCCGACAGGUGCAGCAUGUUUGUGUGUCGGGCCCGGAAUGGGACGCCGGAGCUGUCCACCGUGCUCUUCAACGUCACCCCCACCUCCCAGUUCGAGCACAACCUUGUGAACCCCAACUCUGAGAUAGUCUUCCCUUAUGACAUUGGCAUUGUGGGCUAUACAGCACACGCCAAGAAGAUGUGCAACAUUCCAGACGUGAAACAGAACCCUCACUUUAGUGACUUUGUGGACAAGCAGACCGGAUACGUCACGAAGAACAUACUCGCGUGCCCAAUCGUGAGCGAGAAGGAGCCUCUCGCCGUCAUCAUGGCCGUAAACAAGAUGGGUGCAAACGAGUUCUCCAGACAAGAUGAGGAGCUCCUCGAAAAAUACCUGAAUUUUGCUGCAGUCGUCACGCUGCAGCACUACACCGCCUACAUGUGGAACGUGGAGUCCAGGAGAAGUCAGGUGUUACUCUGGUCAGCCAGCAAAGUGUUUGAAGAAUUGACGGAUAUCGAGCGGCAGUUUCACAAAGCGCUUUACACCGUGAGAACUUACCUCCAAUGUGAAAGAUACUCCGUUGCUCUCCUGGAUAUGACCAAAGAGAAGGAAUUUUACGAUGAAUGGCCAAUCCGGCUCGGAGAGGUUGAGCCGUACAAGGGCCCCAAAACUCCAGAUGGCAGAGAAGUGAACUUCUACAAAAUCAUCGAUUACCUUUUAGAAGGAAAAGAAGAAAUUAAAGUUAUACCGGCUCCCCCAGCGGACCACUGGGCCCUUGUCAGUGGGCUCCCUACGUAUGUUGCAGAAAAUGGCUUUAUCUGUAACAUGAUGAAUGCCUCUGCAGAUGAAUACUUCACUUUCCAGAAAGAGGCCGUGGAUGACUCAGGCUGGAAGAUUAAGAAUGUGCUGUCACUUCCUAUAGUCAACAAGAAGGAGGAAAUCGUGGGCAUAGCCACCUUUUAUAACCGAAAGGACGGCAAGCCAUUCGAUGAGUACGAUGAACAGAUCACUGAGGCCCUCACACAGUUCUUGGGUUGGUCUGUCCUAAACUGCGACACCCAUGACAAAAUUAACAAACUGGAGAACAGGAAGGACAUUGCACAGGAAAUGCUCAUGUACCAGACAAAGUGCACGAAGAGUGAGCUGCAGUCCAUUCUGAACACAAAGGAGAAGUUUGACAGAGAGCCAGAGGAGUGUGAUCAAAAGGAAAUGUAUAAACUUCUGAGGUCAAAUAUUCCGGAGUGUAAAGAUGUGGAAUUACUGGAGUUCCAUUUCAGCGACUUCCCGGUGUCUGAACAUGACCUAAUCAAGUGUGGGAUUCGAUGCUUCUUCGAACUGAAUGUUGUGGAGAAGUUUAAAGUACCGGCAGACGUUUUGACACGAUGGAUGUACACUGUGCGUAAAGGAUAUCGUGACAUUACCUAUCACAACUGGAGACACGGGUUCAACGUGGGCCAGACAAUGUUCUGCCUGUUACAGACUGGACGACUGAGGAAAUAUUACUCUGACCUUGAUGCAUUUGCAAUGGUAGCGGCUGCAUUUUGCCAUGAUAUUGAUCAUAGAGGAACCAAUAAUCUCUACCAAACUAAGAGUGCAUCUCCACUGGCCAAACUACAUGGAUCUUCCAUUAUGGAGAGGCACCACCUUGAGUACAGCAAGACACUAAUGGCAGAUGAGAGCCUGAACAUCUUCCAGAACCUUCAGAAGCGUCAAUUUGAGAAUGUGCUACACUUAUUCGAUGUUUGUAUUAUUGCAACGGACUUGGCUCUGUACUUCAAGAAAAGAACGUUGUUCCAAAAAAUCGUCGAUGCAACAGAGCCAAUGACGGAUGAGAAAGAGGCCAUCAAUUAUGUCGCCAACAACCCCGUCAGGAAGGAAGUCAUCAUGGCAAUGAUGAUGACUGGCUGUGAUCUUUCUGCCAUCACAAAGCCAUGGGAAGUCCAGAGCAAAGUGGCUCUCAUGGUGGCAGCUGAAUUCUGGGAGCAGGGCGACCUGGAAAGGACAGUCCUUGACCAGCAGCCAAUUCCAAUGAUGGAUCGCAACAAGGCAGAUGAGCUUCCAAAAAUGCAAUGUGGUUUCAUUGACUUUGUUUGCACCUUUGUAUACAAGGAAUUCUCCAGAUUCCACAAAGAAAUCACGCCAAUGUUUGCCGGCCUGAACAAUAACAGGAUGCACUGGAAGGAGCUUGCUGACAUUUACCAAGCAAAGGUCGACGCCCUUGAGGCAGAGAAGAAGAAGUCUGAAGAAGAUGAGGCGAAAAAGGCUGGUGGAAGCUCUGAAGGAGGAGGAGGAGGGGGAGAUGGGAAGUCCAAGACCUGCACCAUAUUUUAGACCCUCAUCCAACGUUUCCCUGACUAAUGGACAGAUUCCUGGGUGACGUCCAGAAGGGUAAAUGAGCGCAGCUGCCCCCCCGGAUGCAUCUCCUCUUUAUCCUCCUCCUCACACUUCUGUGAUGCUGGGUAAGCCAUUCUGUGUGGACCAAAGAACUAACGUUCUACUUGACCCUGUGAAGCAUCAGACAGUUGACCCUGUUAGAACAGCACAAUAGUCCCUGAUAUAGGUCUGUUUGACUAAAAAACAGAACAUGCUAGACAUGUAAACUUACCCACAAGUAUGCAGCACUUAGCUCUUCAAUCCGCAUCGUUCACUAGUAAUAUUAUUGCCCCUUACAAAGUCUUGAAACGGACACUGAGUUCUUUAUUUUUGAAGCUAAGCCACGUUCUUGAAUAGUUGAGGGGAUUAAAAAUGCUUCUCCAUGAACUAAAUGACACAGCAUGCAUGUUGUAUAAGCAAGUCAGAAGAUAUGUUCCCUCUGAUAUCUGGUCCAUAUGCAGAACAUAGGCCUACUUACCUGUUUGAGUGACAUCCAGUCACGAUAUGUCAACCAUUCAACAAUAUACAUACAGUAAUAUCUAAAGGGGAUGUGUUAAAAUAUAUACAUUCUAAAACCUUACUAAUAACCAGUAUCUACGAUUUUACCAACCAAUGUAAUGAAGUUUCUAAUGAACAUUCAUUAGAAGUUUACUUGCACUUUUAUUCAUUUAGACAUGGGUCCCAAUGAUAUUGAUAUACUUAAGUUAUAUUAAAUACUUUAUUGUUACUGUUAACCUCCAGAAUUCUUAAAAAUCACUUUCCUGUGAGUCUGACGGCAUGUUGCUUAAAUAAUAAUGUGUGGAAUGUAAUUUGGAGCUGUGCUCAGAUUACAUUUUGAAAUCAAAAAUGUCUUUGCACUGAAAGGGUAUCAUGGAAAUUGUAUAUAUUUCAAAAACUCGCAUCUUGGAAUAUGUGCGUGCAUUUACUGUUUUGCAGUUUUAACUCCUUCAAAAAUCCAUCGAUCUAUCCGUCCUCUAACUACUUGUAAUGGUCAAGGUUGAUGGGUGCUUGGAGCUUGUCCCAGAAUGCACAGGGCACAAGACUGGGGGGGAACCUUAGAUAGGAUGCCAGUCCAUUCCGGAAAUGUGAAGAAUGUCAACAACAACAACAUAGAUUAUAUUCAUAUAACAUACAGCAAAUAUCCCAGAGUCAUGUAAACACAUCAUGACCUAUCCCAUGUAUUUAACACAGUCCUAGGUUUUUGAUACUAAAUGCAACCCAGUGUUUGAAUCCAGAAAAUAAGCUGAACAUUAAAGGUUAUUGGAAUGACACUCAGAGAACAUGUGAGAGAAGCCAGUGUGGGAAAAGGUCAGCAGUAUGAGGGCAACCAUCUGAAAUGGCAGCAAUAUAUCUGUAAGAAGAUUGCAGUGGAUUGGAUUUGAUUCUAAGCCAGCUUCUGAGGUCCACAAAGCAUUAAACUUUAAAUACCCUACAUAAAGUCAACAAUGGGUCUUAUUAUUCCUAGUGUGAUGGGAGCCCUACAAGCUUUUUUGAUGAAGGAACAUCUUCAGAUAAAUCACUAAAUGAGUAAAGAUGAAUACAUAUAGAAACAUGGGCGGUAACCACAGCAGUAACUGCGGUGAUUUUCACAGCUAUCUGGCUAUAAAUAUAUUAUGCAAAUAAAAUUACACAAUCGAGUGUCGCACGUAUCGUUUUUAAAGGUGAACGCGUACUCGCGUACCAGUUAUGUCCAUCCCUGGUCCCAAUCAACUGUUCCCUUUAAGUGUUGCUUUCUUUGAAAUCAUUUCAAGACUUAGCGAGUGAGACCUACUAAAACUAGAGAAGCACCGAGGUGGAGAGUUGCGCUGCCAUAAACAGGAAAGCUCCCAUGCCGUUUAAAGGUCUCCAUCUCGUUUAACCCCCAGGAAAGAGGGGGUAAUCCAAUAAGAGGAGCCUGAAAUGACUUAGCUAGCACCAUGUUCCAAGAGCUACUCAGAAAACACCUCAGAUAAGAGUCCCACAAUCAGAUAAAGUAUAAGUGUACAUUCUGCAAGUUGUCACACGAUUUAUUGUUCAGCAAUAAUUUUAACAUGCUUGUGUAUUGAUAUACACACCAACACACGCACACAUGCAAACACAUGUGUGCAUCUAUAUAUGCUUGUACACUAGAGAAUUUGCUGUUCCUUGGCUUGUAAAAUAUGUAUGGGUUUCUAUCAUAUAAUGUAAACCAAAAAUGAAUAAUGGAUCAAAUAAAGGUCUUCUUCAAGACA